GUUGCUGCUGGAAGGGCAUCUGCUGCGUAAAACAUAUGCUGGAUAAGUUGGCGGUUCAUUCCGUUGGGGAGACCCAGAUUUAUAAAGAGACAAAGCUGAAAAGAAAAUAAAUAGGUGCAAUUUGUACAGCAAUAAUUGGGUCUUUACCACAAAAAAAUUAAAUAUAAAAUUGAUUUGACAUUUUUAAAAUGUCUAAAAGUUUAUUUUAUAAAUGGUCAUGUGACUUCUUCAGUGCAUGAAGUGAUGAUAACGUUCCACAUUAUGUUCUUUCGGGUAAAUCAGAGCGUACUCUGGAUAUUAAGGUUUUUAUUUAGGAUUUCCAGCGCGUGAACAACAUUUGCUCAAUUUAAUAUACGGAAACGUUUAGUUGUUUUAAACGGGACUUUUAUCUCGAAGUGGCGUUAUGACGUCACAAACCGGCGCCGCGCUGUUUUCCAUCUGUGAUUCGGCUGGAGAAAGGAACAGGGUUGAGAAACGCUCCACGUGCCAGACUGGUAUAAAGAUGGCGUUCAUUAAAGAGGAGAUUGAAGAAGUGCAGAUUGGAGGAACAUUCACAGUCGAACAUGAAGAUCCUGAGGAACAAACAGGUCUGAUAAUGCCGAAAGAAGACAGAAUGAGAUUCGAUCAGAGAGCAGACCUUCGAGUCAACACAAGCAUUUACGCCAGAAAGAAGCCCUACACUUGUACUCAAUGUGGAAAAGUUUUCGUGCAAAAGCGUUCUCUUAAUGGCCACAUAGGAAUUCACACCGGAGAGAGGCCGUACACUUGCCCUCAGUGUGGAAAGGGUUUUUUAUAUAAGAAUUCUCUCAGUAUCCACACAAGAAAUCACAGUAAAGACAAGCUUUUCACCUGCGGUCAGUGCGGAAAAGGAUACAGUAUAAAAGGAAACCUUGACAUCCACAUGAGAUCUCACACUGAAGAGAAGCCGUACACCUGCCCUCACUGUGGAAAGAGUUUUGUUCGUAAAAACACUCUUCAUGCCCACGUGAGAAUCCACACUGGAGAAAAGCUUUUUGCUUGCCCUCAGUGUGAAAAGAGUUUCUCUCUUCAAGGACAGCUCAAAAUCCACAUGAGGAUACACCUUGAAACAAAGCCUUACAGCUGCUCUCAGUGCGGGAGGAGCUUUUACGAUAAAAAAUCUCUCGAUGUCCACACAAGGAUUCACACUGGAGAGAAGCCUCACACUUGCCCUCAGUGUGGAAAGAGUUUCGUUCAUAAGCAUUCGCUCCGAAUCCAUUCAAGAUUUCACAGUGGACAGAGGCUUCUAUCGUGCCAGGAGUGUGGAAGAUGUUUCAGUAUAAAGGCAAACCUUAAAGCCCACAUGAGAACUCACACCGGAGAGAAGCUGGUUACUUGCGGUCAGUGUGGAAAGAGUUUCGCCAAUCAAAGCUACCUUACAACCCACAUGAGGAUUCACACCGGAGAGAGACCUUUCGUCUGCAAAGAGUGUGGAAAGGGUUUCCAUAAACGAGGAAACCUCACAGCCCACAUGAGGACUCACACCGGAGAGAAGCCUUACAGCUGCAAAAUAUGUGAAGAGACGUUCAGAUCAACACAAACGCUUAAAGGUCACAUGAGCGUUCACACGGCUGAGAAAUCUUCUCGUGUGGUUAGUCUGGAAGGAGUUUCAGAUGUAAACUUGCAAGUGAUCUCUGAUAAUGGUUCUGUGGGGACGCUUCUGCACGUCUCUGAAGCAAGUAACCUCAGUGGUGAUGUGCAACGUCAUGUUGAGGAGACAUCAGGCCUAGCAAGCUUAAAAGUGCACCAGAAAUAAAGCUGUGUCUACAAAUUGCUUGAGAAA